GGAAAUUGAUUCUUUUUCUUGUUUGAUUAGGUGUCUACAGUCCAUCAGUGGGACAGGGGAUUGUAUGUAUAUUGCUUGAUUGUUCUACCCCUGUUCCCACUCUCCCUACCCCCCGUAUUCUGUGAUUAACGGGACUUCUCAAGUACCGCAUCGGUUUGGACUGAUGUCGACGGAACAGGACACCGGGGCACUGCCACAACGCAGUGCCAGAAUCGCAGUUCGUGCCCGCCCUGCAGUACCUCCAAGACCGAAGAAACUCAGCAGACGGACGACUCCAGCAGCAUCAAGUACGRCAUUGACGGUACAAGACGCCACCGGAGAUCAUCCUGCAUACCCAGUCCGAGGAGCCAAUGAGCCAGCGGUUGAUUAUCGUGGGCGGCUACUGGCAUUUACGGAAGCCGUAGCUGCCGUCGAGGCCCAGAAGGAGACAGCAGAGGCAGAACGUCAGYGGCUAGCCAAUGAAGCGGCAGCCGAAGCUCAGCGAACGAUUGAGACUGACGCAGCGACACAAGACAGACGGAAUGCCAGCAGCAUGGAGUCCUUGAUUGCUUGUGAGCAUCUGUGGACGACGAUACUCCAAGACAUGAUCUUUGUGCCUACCAAAACGCAGGCAGACCCGACACCGGCGGAGGCAGAGAGAAGUAACCUGGCUAACUUGCUGUUGGGCAUGAUGAGAGGUAUUAUGUGGAAUAAUACACUGUUGCAAUCACAUCUGCGCACGGACGCGACGGAGCGACAAACAUACAAGAAUGAUAUGACUACGUUAACAACUGCUAUCCGUACAGAGGCAAUGCAGCAGCAGCAACAGCAUCAACUGUUGAAUUCCACCAUCACACGCGUCAACAGCAUAGAGGCUAACACCUCAGCAGCGCCAGGCUGCACGACAGACGUGACGAAGCAACUCAACGAGCGCAUCGAUCACGUCGUCACCAUCAUCGGAGACAUAAGUACUUUCAACGGACCAGACUCGAUCAGCAGCACGGUGGCCGCCAUCAAGACGGACAUCACCAAGCUACAGACGAGAUCGGAAGCUGCUGCAAAGACGUUCAAGAUGCCGGACUUCGACAUCAGCAAGUUCGACAAUUACAACAAGUCGGACGCCUUGUCAUGGUGGCAACGUUUCCUUACGGAAGCAUCAUGUCGCAUGGUCCCGGCGGACGACAUGUUGAAGGCACUAUAUCUGUAGCUGAUUGGAGGAGCGCAAAGAUGGAUGAACCACCUAGCGGCUACACACAAGUGCACUAUCGCCGAACUCCACACGCACAUUACGUGGAAGGAGUUCGAGCAGCUAUGGUUCACCCRGUUCAUGGUCCGCAACGUCAUGAAGGCGGCUAUGAAUGAGGUGUACACAUGCUCUCAAGGGAACAUGCCAACUCGAGACUGGACAACGAAGUGGCAAAAGAUAGUGACCACAGCAGGCUUCGACUUGACGUUUCCGAAUCAACGAUCCGAGUUCUU